CGAGUGGAGGGUAUAACCUUUUCAGGGAUAAAUCAUCAAUCAUCCUAUAAUUGAGGGACUAAAAACGUAACAUUUUCUUUCCAAUCUAUCUUUCACCUGACAUAUAUAAUCACCAAAAAAACCUGCUAGUCUCUUCUGUGGUUUUAGAGAGAGAAAGUAGAGGAUAAGGACAGCACAGAGCUUCAUUAAUGGUUUCUUUCAUCAUGUAAAUCAAAUCAUCCGAUUACCACAGUAUGGAUCCGAAUCGGAAAAGACCCAAAACGGCUCACCGAGUUGACUCGGUCCACGUCGGUGUUAAACAGUCUCAGUCGACUCAGUUGUUUCCGUUUUCGGACGAGGUAGGUUUAGCCCUAAAUGGCUCUCAAACGGUUGACCGAGUUGACUCGUCCGAGUCGACUCAGCUAUGUUCGUUUCCGGACGCCCUAAAUGGCUCUCACAUGGUUGACCGAGUUGACUCGGCCGGUGAGUGGACUCAGUCGAGUCGGUUUCCGGAUGAGGUGUUGGAGAGAGUUCUAGCCCUAAUUGACUCUCACAAGGACCGUAGCUCGGUGUCACUGGUGUGUAAGGACUGGUACAACGCGGAACGGUGGAGCCGGAGGCAUGUGUUUAUCGGUAACUGCUACUCGGUGUCACCGGAGAUUGUGGCGGCUAGGUUUCCAAGAAUCCGGAGCGUGACUCUGAAGGGGAAACCGAGGUUUUCGGAUUUUAAUUUGGUACCGGAGGAUUGGGGAGCUGAUGUGCAGCCAUGGCUGAGUGCUUUCUCAACCGCGUAUCCGUUCCUAGAGGAGCUCCGGUUGAAGCGAAUGGCGGUUAGCGACGAGAGUUUGGAGUUUUUAGCGACCAAGUUUCAUGGUUUUAAAGCUCUGUCACUGUUGAGCUGUGAUGGGUUUAGUACUGAUGGAUUGAAAGCUAUUGCCACUCAUUGCAAGAAGUUGACAGAAUUGGAUAUCCAAGAGAAUGGAAUCGAUGAUCUUGGGGGGCAUUGGUUAAGUUGUUUUCCGGAAAGCUUAACUUCAUUAGAAAUUCUAAACUUUGCAAGCUUAAACAGCGAAGUUAGUUUCGAUGCCCUUGAAAAGCUGGUUGCUAGAUGCAAAUCAUUAAGGGUUUUGAAAGUAAACCGGAAUAUAAGUUUAGAUCAACUGCAAAAGCUUCUUUCACAUUGUCCACAGUUGACGGAACUUGGUACUGGAACCUUUAUGCAAGAACUCAUCUCAGGUCCCGUCGCUGAGUUCAAGAAUAUGUUUAGUAACUGUAGAAAUUUAAUCACUCUUUCGGGUUUAUGGGAUGCUACUCCGUUUUAUCUUCCAGUUAUUUAUCCCGCAUGUGCUAGUUUGACUUUUUUGAAUCUCAGUUAUGCAACUUUACGUAGCGAUGAACUCGCCAAUCUUCUUUCCCACUGCAAAACUCUUCGUCGCCUCUGGCUUCUUGAUACUGUAGGUGACAAGGGUCUAGAAGCGGUUGGAUCCUGCUGCCCGUUACUUGAAGAACUGCGAGUCUUCCCAGCUGACCCGUUUGACCAAGAAAUCCUACUUGGCGUGACUGAAUCAGGGUUUGUGUCUGUUUCUCGUGGCUGCCCGAAGCUCCGUUAUGUCCUCUACUUCUGUCGCCAGAUGACAAAUGCUGCUGUAGCCACUAUUGCCCGAAACUGCCCGGAUUUCACUCACUUCCGUCUCUGCAUAAUGAACCCAGGCCAACCAGAUUAUCUGACCAAGGAGCCAAUGGAUGAAGCUUUCGGUGCCAUUGUGAAAACUUGUACGAAGCUUCAGCGGCUCGCGAUAUCCGGUCUGUUAACCGACCGGACGUUCGAGUACAUCGGGAAAUACGCGAAAAACCUGGAAACACUUUCUGUGGCUUUUGCAGGAAGUAGUGAUUUGGGGAUGGAGUAUGUAUUACAAGGCUGCCAGAAACUAAGGAAGCUCGAGAUACGCGACUGCCCGUUUGGAAACGCUGCGUUGCUUUCGGGUUUGACCAAAUACGAGUCAAUGCGAUCCCUGUGGAUGUCGGCUUGCAAUGUGACUAUGAACGCAUGUAGGGUGUUGGCUAAAGAAAGACCGAGGUUAAACGUUGAGGUCAUGAGAGAUGAGGAAGGUGGUGAUGAUAGCCAGGCUCAUAAAGUUUACGUUUAUCGAACCGUUGCUGGGCCGCGUAGGGAUGCACCACCAUUUGUUCUCACCCUUUAGAUGUUAAUCUGAAUCUGGGAAUUUGAUGGGUGCAAAUGAUGAAUAAGAUGUAUAUACGUCAGUCAGACUCGUGAUCAGGGGUAAAAUUGGUAUUGAUAAGAUUCGUAGUUUCAACGGGUAGUCGGGUGAAGACGAAGAUGAUGAUGAUGAUGAUGAUGAACAUCAUGCAUCAUAGGCUUCUUCUUUCUGAUUUAUAUUGUUAGAAUUCAAAAUCUGUGUGUGUAAGUAGGUAUCUUGUUCAACUGAAGUUUAAAUUCAGAAUUUAUGUCCGAAAGUCAUCUACUUUCUGGCCAGAUUUGGUUGUUCCAGGGAUAUUUAAAGGUUGUUUAGAUGUUGGUUUUAAAUUCGGUUACGUGAUAUUGAAUAAUCAGAAUCAGAUAAUCUGUUGUAAUAAAAAUAGACCGUUGAAUAUACAUCUGGUGUGCUUAUGUGGUAA